CUCCAUCUCACUCUCUCUGAAUAAGCACACCGUUUUCUGAGUAAGGAUCAGAACAGAUUCCUCAUUAAGAAGUGAAUAGUUCAUCGAGGUUUUCGCAUCUGUUUUUUGCCUGUUUUUCAUUUGACUCCUGAGACAGAGGAAAAGCCAGAGUGUACAAACUGGUUGAAACCCUCCUAGAAGGGAACAACACACAGUCCACGCAGACUCUCCGGUCCUCACUGGGGAGGAGGAGAGGAGGGUAAGAGACGAGCGAGUUAAGGACUACGGGAGAAACUAUUGUGCAACCGCCGAUAGGAAACUUGGAGCACGGAAAGUAUCGAGGGGUGGGAUUGGGAGCAAGCAGUCCAGUCUGCAUCUGUUUGUGCUCCAACAUGCAUCAUGAGUAACGGCAGUAACGGGGUCGAGGGGCUUCGGCCCCUCUGGAACUUCACCGGGACAUCGGUCAUCCAAUCAGCUGAUCUCUUUUCCAACGCUUCAUGCAACACGUCCUCGAAUGAUUCAACUUUCUGCACUGUUGUGAAUGAAGAACAGAGGAGAGGGAGUCCAUAUAAAGCAUUGGAGAUGUUUUUCAUUGCACUUGUUACUGGAUCUUUGAGCUUUGUGACCGUCACAGGGAAUAUUUUGGUUAUGCUUUCCAUUAAAGUAAACCGCCACCUACAAACUGUCAAUAACUAUUUCUUAUUUUCCUUAGCAUGUGCUGACUUGAUCAUUGGUGCUUUCAGUAUGAACCUAUAUACAGUAUACAUCAUUGUUGGCUACUGGCCACUUGGGCCGGUGGUCUGUGACCUGUGGCUAGCUUUAGAUUAUGUUGUCUCAAAUGCCUCAGUGAUGAAUUUAUUGAUCAUCAGCUUUGAUCGCUAUUUUUGCGUAACUAAACCCCUAACAUAUCCGGCAAGAAGGACAACUAAGAUGGCAGGGCUGAUGAUCGCAGCUGCAUGGAUCUUGUCGUUCAUCUUGUGGGCUCCUGCUAUCUUGUUCUGGCAGUUCAUCGUUGGACAGCGAACAGUGCCACCAGGAGAAUGCUAUAUUCAGUUUCUUUCGAACCCUGCAGUGACUUUUGGGACCGCUAUAGCAGCAUUCUAUCUUCCUGUCAUUAUUAUGACAGUCCUGUACAUCCAUAUUUCCCUUGCCUCCAGGAGCAGGGUCUCCAAACACAAACCAGAGAAAAAAGAAAAGGGAAUAAAAACUCCCAGCUUGAUGAAGGGUCACCUAUUUAAGCAGAAUAACAACAAUGAGACCAGUCCUCAGGCCAGUCCCCGCUCUACUCCCAAGCUCAGUGUAGAGUCCUCAACCACUGCGCUCGAGGCUGUGAAGAACGGCAGAGUGGAGGAACCAAAACUUGUUCAGGCUCCAACACAACCCAGUCCGGGACCCACACAGGAGGAAAAAGAGAGCUCCAACGAUUCAUCCACAGCCUUUAUUCCUCCCACAGAACCAAAGGACAACACCAACAAAUCGGUGAUAUCUGAGGCUGCAGCAAUUCCCACCCUAGUUGGUACGACAACUACAAAUCCUGAAGUGUCCAAGAUGAACUCUACCUCAAGGUGGUCAAAGAUAAAGAUUGUAACCAAGCAGGCCGGAGACGAAUGCAUCACAGCCAUAGAGAUCGUCCCCCCUGUAGAGGGAGCCGAGAGGCAUUCAAUCCCAAUCAGCCGACCCCGGACUGUUGCAAGAAAGUUUGCAAGCAUUGCUAGAAGCCAAGUGAAGAGGAAAAGACAGAUGGCAGCCAGAGAAAAGAAAGUGACCAAGACCAUCUUUGCCAUCCUGCUGGCUUUCAUCAUCACAUGGACACCGUAUAACGUCAUGGUGUUAAUCUCCACCUUCUGCCAGUCAUGUGUCCCUGACACUGUGUGGGCUAUUGGCUAUUGGCUGUGUUAUGUCAACUCUACUAUCAACCCAGCUUGUUACGCACUGUGCAACGCCACGUUCAAAAAGACAUUCAAGAACUUGCUGCUGUGCCAGUAUAAAAAUAUAGGUACAAGAUGAAAUGGAAGGAGUAGAUUAAGGAUUGGGGAAGGGGUAGGGGUAAACCAUGCGACCAAGACCAUGCGAGAGAGGCAAUAUUGUGGAAAGGUGAGUCGAGAGAGCUGAAGGAGCUGGACAGGGUAAAUUGAUGAAUGGGUCCUUCUAAAGAAAAGGAAUAACCUCAGGGGAUGAACAGCUCUGUUUUAGUCUUUAAAUGAAUAGUAAAUGAAUAAUGAAACAACAGCUUAGGCCAAGGCUUUCGGAUGGUUAUCUUAAGAUAAACUGCAAUUAUUCCUAUUAUCAUUGAAAUGAUUGCACUCACACUAAAUUGUAACUUAACAUAAUUCAUAAAAUUAGGCCAUGUAAUAAUGUAUCCAUGUUGUCUUCAUAUUAGCCACAUCUAUGGAUCCAUUGAAAUGCAUCGUGAUACGUAUUGUCAUUGAACGUAAGGUAGGACAGGAAGAAAACAAAAUGUGCCUUUUGGUGAUCAUUUUUAUUUAAGUUUAGGGCAACUGCUCUUUUAGAUAACAUCUAACUGGAGGUGAUGUUUCUUUUAAAAGUAUCUUUUUCAACUGCGAGAUCAGACACCAUAAAAGUGAAUGAUAGUCAAUAUCAAACAGUAGAUGAGAUCCACAGAGCAGCGGAGCGAUGACUGAGACCAAGCGAACAGUUGAUGUGGUGUAGAGUUUUGAAGUAGCAUACCACACACUGUUGCAGGCAUGUUGGAAGGCUACAACAGCAGCUAAUUGUAGAUGAGCUAAUUAUGCUUUUUCCCCAAUGUUUUUAGGUCAUUCCAGUUCAUAAAACGUCAAAUAACCAUCCGCUAUGACAACCAUCAAUGUCUUGCUUUGAAUGAAUUUGAUUUGUAUACUAACAUGUUAUAGAAAAAUAGAAGUUAAAGAAAGCAGGAGCAAAGCUGUGUGUUUUACAGCAGGCUACUUUAUAUUAUUAAAAAAAUUGUUUGUUAUUUGUUAAAAAUCUGCAGUUCUAAUUCAGAUCAAAUUGAGGGAUUGCCGAACCGUGCUAUCGGCACUCACAGGGCUGACAGUGCAACAGACAAAGCUAUUUAUGUGUCAGUUGUGACGGCUUCAUUAGCUGUAUCUGCCUUACGAGAGCAGUACACCUUGGCCCACCUUGUGUACUAUGCAAGGAGAAGUUGUGAUGUCACCACACACAGACAAGGAGAGACUUCUUUCUCUACUCAGGUAGACGUUAGAUUAGAUAUUAAUGCUCUGAAAUGUUUCAAAAUUAUAUUAUAAUUUAUUUUCAGUAAAUUAAUGAGACUAAUCUUAGUGUGGUUUAUAUUGAGAAAAAAAGAAAAAUAUCUUUUGAAGCAGAAAGAGGAAAGAUUAAUGACAUUUUCAACCAUUGCCAAUUGUUGAAAGCAUCAUGCUACGGCCAGUGUUUGGGUGUGUUCAAGUACUCCUCCAAUUAGGAAGAUGACUCAUUCUCUGAUCAUAUCAGUGUUCUGAUUGGGACAGACAUACUCUAGCGGACAUCCAAAGAUGAUACAGUUACAGUUCUUCUAGAAAACUUUGGUUUGGUGUACAGCAGUUGGUUAGUUUGUUUGCCCUGACUAAUGAGCGUCUCCUAGUGACUAGUGACAUUUUCUAGCUUCAAAACUGUGAAUAUAGCAUGUAUGUAUGUAUUCUUGUCAACAAAGGCAUCUAAAGAUAGAUGAUAGAAAGUAUGUAUCUCUUCUGCAAUGGCAGGGCCGGCACGGUCGUGUGGUGUUUAGCACUUUUGCCUCACAGCAGGAAGGUCUUGGGUUUGAAACCACCCAAGCAACCUUUCUGGUAGAUUCUGCAUGAUCUCCCUUGUCUACGUGGGUUUUCUCCCGGUGCUCUCGCUUCCUCCCACAGUCCAAAGACAUGCUCUGUGGGUUAGGUUCAUUGGUGACUCUAAAUUGCGCGUAGGUGUGUGGAUGUGAGAGUGAAAUGGUUGUGUGUCUCUAUGUCUGCCCUGCGAUUGACUGCCGACCAAUCUGGGGUGUACCCAGUCUCCCCCCUGAUGUUUGCUGGGAUUGACUCCAUUAGGCCAUAAUGGGAGGAGAGUAGAAGAAGUACAUGAAUUGCUCAAUUAAUCCCUCCAGAAUACUCAUGCUGAAGAUGACAGACAGAGCUAAAAACGUCUAUAAUCAUGACAACAGGACUCCAUCCUGUCUCCACGCCUAUUAACGGCCCUUCUGAUAGUUAUGCUUGUGAGGAAUCGAGACACCUUUUGGCUUUCAUUUGUAUAAGGGAUGAGCGGUGUCAAGUCAGAAUGUUAUGCUGGGUGCGGAUUCAGGCCCAUUUAAAUCGUCUGUCAGACACUUGCCCGAAGGAUUAUUAUCCAUUGUGUGUUCUUUUUAUUACAAUGUAAAAUCUUACAUUUUUCAUCAGUCUAAUCCAAACUUUAGCAAAUAGUUUAACAAUGUUUGCAAAUUGUUUUCCAUUCCAAUACAUGUCAAACAUCUUUGAGGCAGUUAUUCAACUCAGAAAUAGAGCAUUGGCCAUUUUACUUACUUUCCAGUUGGACUAACACUGUUUCAAGCAGUUGUCAAACUUUUCUUUGCUCUCACAUCUGAAUGCUGAAGUUUAUUGUGAUCCAAGGUAUCCAAACCUGAAGAAGUUCUUUUACAUUAAAUCCAUUCUGCUCUUGCACGUUUUCAUGACAUCAGCAAUCAUUUUAUUCAUUUGAUUUUUUUUCUGACAUACAUUUGAAAACAUAUAUAUAUAUAUAUGUAUUCUUUUUUUUUAAAUGACUGUUUUCGCUCCCAAUUACAUGCGGUCCCAUUUAGUAGUUGUGUAGACCCUUGUAGUGACACCUCACUAAUUUAGAAAACAGCACUAGAUGUUCAAUGUAAAUUCUAAGCUAAUUUCUGAAAAUACAUAACCCAUUGUUUAUGAUCAUGAGUACUAAUACUAUAUUGAAUACUGAAUCAUCAAGAGUACAACGAGUUGUCCUUUUGUUCUUUCAAAGUAGAACAUUUACACAUUUCCCAAGCCUCAUCCAAGCGUUUUUUGUUGUGUGCAGCAACUACUACCUCCCUGUCAGCCAAUUAUUUCAUUGUGUUUAUCCACCACACCUUCAAGACCGGUCCAUGAAAUCUUGUCUAACAUGAAACCAGUCCAUAAGGCAAAAAAGAUAGGGGACCGCUACUAUAUCGCACUGUUUGUUCCUAAACACUGAUUAUUUACAAUAUGAAUAUCAUUAUAUAAGAAUAAGUUGUAGAAGAAGUGAAAAGAUCUCCCUUUGUUGUCAGUUGUUGUUCAGAGUAAGAGACACAGAUACCAAGGGUAAAUGUCAAAAGCUAUUUGGUAAUUGUUUCAGAAUGAAGGCUUCACUCAACAUGGUUUUCACAAGGAAGUCCAUCUUAGAAGUGAUCUUAAACUGGACUGUAGGAGUGCUAAACAUCUAUCAAACUCUUUUGUAUGAAAAUCGCGUACCAGAUGAAAGUACAGGUAAAACUAAGUGGUUCUCAUGUCCUCAAUAACAUCAUACACCUAUCAGCAGGAUUACUUCCUAAGGUUGGUGUAGUAGUGGUCCUGCCUCAACAUGAGGUCGUCCUGAUGGUCCACGGUUUGAAGCCAAAUCUACAAUCCCCUCGUUUCAAUUCAAUUCAAUUAAUUUUAUUUUGUAUAGCCCAAAAUCGCAAAAUUGCCUCUAAGGGCUUUAAAGUCUUUACACAUACGUUUGAGUCUCUGCCCUCCGGUCUUGAACCUCCAUUGUCUGUGAGCUUGUUCAAACAUUAGAGUAUCUCUGGAGCUGUUUUCAGAUUCCUGACUGCUGAGCAGAGGUGGUGAAGAUGUGAAGGCCCCCAGGUAGCAUGGAGAGCUUUGAUGUUGUAGCCGUACAUUGGCAAGUAUGAUUAAGCUUCCCUCAACUCCUAUCAUAAUGGAACUGAUUGCCUCUCACAUUUCACGACAACCCUACACGAGUGGUUUUCCAUAGUUCAUCUUUACGAGGAGUUCUUGCUCAUAGCUGGACUCUCAACAUUUACUGAGUAUUCAUCAACUGGAUUGCAUUUACUGCAUCAAAAACGGAAAUAUUCUUUGAAUUCAUAUAACCAGAUGGAUCAAUAUUCUCAUACUUUCAAUGUGUAUUAUAUGUUUAUUACAGUGAUAUGUAUCGUAAAUAUUGGAAAUCAUAUGCAGGUUACUCAAGGCUGAGGCAGUAGUUGGAUUUGUCUGCCUGGAUGAACUUUUACAGAAGGUAGACAGAGAGGAGUAAGUAAAGUAAGAAGGAGCGAACAAUAUCUCUGCUCAGUGGCACCAUAGAGAGGAGAUUCUGAUUCAAUAAACAGUCCCCUUUGAUAGAUUAACUGUUGGUAGACAUGAACAUAGAGAGGUCACCUUAUUCUCUACAGUUUAAACAAAAACUAACACAAAGGAACCAUGACUUUGCUGAGGAUAGUAUCAUGAUAGCUGAACUCACCCAAAGUUAUCAGAUGCUUUAUCAUAAUCAUUUGGAUACCCCUCAAAGUCAAAGCAGCUAAGUUAAACACAGAUUGGGUCUCAAACACUGGUCUACUGGUUUAAAGUUCACCUUAUCUUUGACCCAUCAAAUUGAGAGUCUAUUACAGACAUGGAUGUUUUGCCUGCUGUGUCUCAUACAGUAACUAAAGGAGGCCAUGUGCGACACUAUCAGGCGCAGAGAGAAGGUAGAAAGCUUUGGUAAUAUCAUGGCCUUGGAAUGAGGACGGGCUGCUGCCCGGCAAUAUAAAACCAAUUUGAAGUAAAUUAAUGAUUCUGGAUGCUUGUUUGCCAUGUAUUUAAAAAAAAUCUACAGGUCAGUAUUUAAACUCUCGCCUUAACUUUUAAAAUUGCAGUAGAAAGGACAGUAACAAUAUUAGAUCCCAGCAGCAGGGAGAAGAACUGGAAAACUGGGAACUGGUAAACAAACUCUCUACGCUCCGCCCCAGGGUCAAAACAAUGCUGUUACUGGCCUUAGUGCUGAAGCUGCCCCCCAUGGCAGUACACACGGCGUGUACACACACCGUACAGGUGUACACGCCGCUUGUCCUGCUAGUUCUUGCCACACUGUUUUUGCCACCACCUUAGAGAACCCCAGACUUAAUUAAGUGGUUUACAAAUAAUGUAGUCAGAUGGAGACACAAAAGAUAUUUUACAUGUCUCCAUGGUCAGGAGGUCCUGAGGAACCUGAUCAAAAGUCUUCAGUAGAAGUUGUAUCUCAUGAUACUUGAUUCUCUCCUGAUUUUGGGAAUUUCAAAAAGAUCAGAAAAUACCCAUCAUGGCUCAAAAUCCCAUGGUGUCUGUUUUAAUUACGGAUGAAUGGUCACAGGGAAAAACCUUCACAUCAACGGUAGUGACGCCUCACUAAUUUUGAAAACAGCACUGGAUAUUCAAUGUAAAUUCUAAGCUAAUUUCUGUAAAUACACAAUCCAUUAAUUACUAAUACUAUAUUGUAUACUGAAUCAUUCCAAAGAGUAUAAACAGUGGUCCUUUUGUUCUUUCAAAGUAUAUGAAAUAUUUUUACCUCCUAGUAUACAAAGCAUGAACCUUAUAGUGAUCUAAAGACAUUGUGAAUUGUAGUUACUUUGUCAGAGUAUUGCUUUUACAACUUCAGCUCAGUGGCAUCAUUUAAAUGACAAAGAAACAUUUUCACUAUGUGGAGGAGAAACUGAUUUGUUCUUUUCUAUGUCAUUAAGAGUACAUGUGUUUGAUAUUGAUAGCUGGAAAUAUAUAUUAUAAAUGUCACACAGAAAGAAACAACCACAAGUAACGUCUAUGGAAUAUUUCCCCUAUGUUAACCAUCUGUAUAUGUGCUGUAUAUGCUUUAAACGGAGCCUGUCACUCACCCAGAACUGUGUUCCCAACUGCACACGGGAUCUAACAGAAUGACUCUUUGAAAGGUAAAUCAACCCUAAAUUCGUCAGGGACUGAAUUCUGGAAUAGGGGAUCAAAACAAGACUCAAUUUGGGUUCUCAUUUUUGUUUCUUGCAGGCAACCAAAUAAACGUAGCAAUUUGAGCGUGCUGUUUACCUCUAUGCCACCAGCCGGGAUGUCCCAGUGCACUUACCUCCCCGAGGGGAAACUUCUAGCGUUGGAUUUUAGAGUAAAUAGUGAAAGAGUAUGAACAUAGUACAAAUUACUACUACUAAGUAGCAUCUUAUUUAACUGUCGAUAAAACCCUUUGAGUGGUAGUAUUAGUAGAAAUAAAAAUUUAAAUCAAAACAAUGUCAUCUCCUCCAUGGGUCAGAGGGUAUAAUAACAGUAUGUUGCUGCUCAUUAAGAAUCAUGGUUGAUUUACUCUUUGAAAUAUUAAGUACCUUCUUUUGGCUUCCAGUGGUGGCUUUUGGGAAACCCGUCAGGUGAUUUUUGUCUGUAUAAUGUUUCAUAGCUCUUUGUAUUUUCUCACUUUUUCAUCUAGAUAGUAUUUGAAUAAGAACAUCAUUUUCAAAGCGUUAUUGAGCCUUGCCUGGCACAGCUACUAGUUCUGAAAUGAAAUGUAUUGAAGAUAUAUUAUAAGCAACUUGUGUUGAUACAAAACUGUAAUGCUAAUAAACACAUACUGUUGACAUUAGAA